AUGCAAGCUGUCAAAAACACCAUUGCCGAGAACUUCGGUGGCCCUUCUCACAAACUCGCAGAAGAGAAGUUUGAUCUAGAUGAUGUGCCCGACCUGAGCGGUAAGGUAGCGGUGGUCACCGGAGGUACUGAAGGUAUCGGCUUCGGCGUUACCCAUACCCUUCUCUCUAAAGGAAUUUCUAAGCUUUUUGUGACUUCGCUCCGCAAGGAGGUCGCCGAUGAUGCUCUCUCUGCUAUUGAGGAGGAGUUCGGUGCCGAGACACGCCGCCGCUUCAUCUGGAUCCAAUGUGACCUGUCGGAUUGGGAACAGACUGCUAAAGUAGCAGCUGAGAUUGCAUCGCAGACGGACCGCAUCGACAUCCUUAUAAAUAAUGCCGCCCGAGGCGUCAUGACGCGCCAGCUGGCUCCUACCAACGGGAUUGACCUGCACAUGGCAGCCAACCACAUGGGUCACGUCGUGCUGACUUCGCACCUGCUCCCGACGCUGAAGAAGACCGCCGACGCUGGAGACACCGUUCGUAUUGUCAACCUCUCUUCUAAUGUAGAAGGAAAAACGCCCAAAGACACCGAGUUCGCGUCCGUCGAGGAGCUCAACCGCGAAUAUAGCCCCACAGAGCUUUACGGUCGGUCCAAAUUGGCUGUGCUCCUGUACGCCAAGUGGCUUCACGCCCAUCUCCGACCCACACAUCCUAAUAUCAUUGUUAAUGCAACUCACCCGGGGGUUGUCGAUACGGCGCAAACAAAUGUCCAUAUCCAUGAGGCACAUCCCGUGCUGGGGUAUGGCCUUUCCGCCGGCUUGAAACCGUUUCGGAAGACUCAGUUCCAGGGGGCCGUGUCCACUAUGUAUGCCGCGACCAUGGCGACUGAGGGCGGACAGUUCAUCAAUCCACCACGAAUCGUGGAGAGGGGCAGUGAUAAGGCCAACGACAUGGAGUUAGCUGACAGACUGAUGAAGUUGACAGCUGAAGUGGUGGAGAAGAAAACACGGCCGCACAGUAGCGCCAAGGGUUGUCCGUUUACCGAGGACUAG